AUGUCCACUGGCAAGCCCCUUGAAAAAGGGGACGAAGCCCUUGCAAAAGGGACACCCCUUGAGAAAGGGAACAAAGCCCUUGCAAAAGGGACACCCCUUGAGAAAGGGAACAAAGCCCUUGCAGAAGCCAAGUGCCAGGAGCUGAAGGACAAGCUGAUGAAGAGCCUCAAAAAGGGGAAGCUUGGUCCCAGGCUGGAAACUGGCACAUCCCUUGAGAAAGGGACAGCUGCAAGCAGCAGCAAUGCUGCACCCCUUGAAAAAGGGAAAAAUAAACUUCUUGAAAAAGAGGAGGCAACAGCCCUUGAAAAAGGGCAAUUCCUUGAAAAAGGAAAUGUUGCCAAAAAGGACACUGUGCUGGUCCAGGACCUCAUGGCCCUGCAGAAGCUCCUUGACAAAGGAGUGGAGGUGCAUGUGCUCUCCUUCUGUGGGGCCAAGCAAAUCCCCAAAGUUGAAAAGGAAAUGUGGGACAAGCUCCCAGAUCUCAUUGACCAACUUCACUGGUGGGGAUGCUGCACCAGUCGCACUGGGGUGGGGGGCAAGGCAGAGUAUGCCACAGGGUGGGGCUGCCAGGUGGCCUUUGAUGAUUCAAAGGACAUCUUGCAAGAGCUGGGCUCAUGGGGUGUCAAAACCUAUGGCAUCCAGAAGAACAUGCCAAUUUCCAAGAUGGCAAAACCCCUGAAAAAGGGAAUUUUGAAAAACAAGCCCUUGCAAAAGGACAAGCCCUUGCCAAAGGGCAAAUCCUUGCAAAAGGACAAGCCCUUGCAAAAUGAUAAGCCCUUGCCAAAGGGCAAGCCCUUGGGAAAGGGCAAGCAUCUCCCCAGCAGUGGCAGCAAGCCCUUGAAAAAGGACAAGCCCUUGAAAAAGGGCAAGCUGUGUGCUAAGAACCUCAACAGACUUGGCAACCUUUCUUUGCAAGAGAAGGUUGCUGCAGUUUGUGAGGAGCACACUGAUGAAGAAGAUGCUGCCAAGGCCUUGAAAAAGAAAUGGAGCAGCAAGAAGGAGAUGUUGAAAAUAUGGGAAGAAGAUGAGUUUGAAGCUCAUCUGUCCUCAGGCAGGAUCCGCUGGAGAGAGAGUCCCACCACCUGGGGUGUGUGGGAGCACUCAGAUACCCAAGACCUUGAGAAGAACUUCAAGGUCAGUAAGGGUAGAACCACUGCCAGGGCUGUGGAAUAUGAUCCUGCUGAGCAGGAGGAGGAAGCCUUUGACAGCCUUUGGCAGGCAGAUGGCCACACUGGGGUGCUGGGCACUUCCUCAGCCAUGAAAAAUGCAAAGAGGCUGAGAGGGUGGAAGAAGGAUAUGGAUCUGGGUGCAGACACAGAAGGAGAAACCCCAUCCACAAGUUCUGCACCCAGCAACUUGGCUACAAAGCUAUUGUCCCUUUGGGCACAUGGCAAGCUCUCUGCAGUGGAAGUGCAAAAGCUCUCCAACCUGGCCACACUUGAUGGUUGCAGCCAUCCUGAAGUUGCAACUCUUGGAGCAGCUGAGCAGCUGGGAAUUUUGGAGAGCAGCGAGGAAAUUGCCACACGGCCUUGGUAA